AUGCAAUUCAAGAACUUUGUCGCUACUUUCGCCGUCGCUACCGCUGUCUCUGCACAAGCUGUUAACAGUAGUAAUGUUACCAACGGUACCAACGGUACCAACAACUCUAACGGUACCACUACCUCCACUUCAACCGGUGCUGCUAGCUCCAAUGUAUUGAACGCUGGUGUUUUCGGUGCUGCCGUUGCUGCUGGUGUUGCUUUCUUAUUCUAA